AUGGCAACAGGUGACGAAGAUGAAUAUUUAGCUCAACGUGUUCUACGCUUGACUGACAUUCCAAAGGAACCUAUGAAUUUUCUUAUGCCCAUCAGCGGUUACGAAGAAAUGCCCAUUGUUUCACUUGAAGAAGCAGUUGAACCACUCGUACCUAUACUACCAACAGUGAAAAGUUAUGCACGAGCGGCCAAAAAACAAUGUAAGAAGCCGGCUGAUAAUUUGACACAAGAUGAAUCAGCUUCGAUCAUGCUCUAUUCGAUGGGAUGGGAGCCAUUGGAUAAAUGCCUUUAUUGCGCUUUGAAUGCUACUCUACGAUCGAAAAAUCGAUCAAAUCUUAAACCAUGGUUUCUCUUUCUUCGCCUUUUUCUUGGAGCAUUAUUUCGUCUUCCACCGAUUCCUCACCUAACGGUAUUUCGAGGCGUCAAAUUAGAUUUAAGCAAACAAUUUGAAGAAGACGAAACGUUCAUAUGGUGGGGCUUUUCUUCCUGUACAACUUCCAUCAAAGUUCUCCAAUCAGAACAAUUCUUAGGCAUGGAAGGUACAAGAACAAUGUUUACUAUUCAUUGCAAUUCAGCUAGAGAUAUUCGAAAACAUUCGUAUUUCCCAUCUGAAGACGAAGUACUAUUACUUGCUGGCACCGAAUUUCAAGUGAAAGGUAUUCUCAAUCAAGGUCACGGUCUUCGAACUAUUCAGUUGCAAGAAGUUCAGUCCGAUGAACCAAUGCUCAUCCCAGUGCCAAGUACAAAUGACUCUGUUGAUUUAUCUGCCGGAAAACUGAAAAGUUUGAAAGUGAAAGAUGAUGUUACUGAAUCAAAGAUCAUAUCAAAACAAUCAGCGUCGAUCCCAAAACUGAAAGUCGGUGCAUCUGAAUCAAAAGUCAACAAAUGGAAACAAAAUGCCAUCACUGUGGCUGGUGGAAAUGGAUGGGGACAGAAAUUAAAUCAACUCGGUCGCCCUGCAGGAAUAUUUAUUGAUAAAAACAAAAAUAUUGUCAUUGCUGAUUUUAGUAAUCAUCGUAUUGUUGAAUGGAAAUGUAAUGCGAAAGAAGGGCAGAUCGUUGCUGGUGGAAAUCGUAGAGGAAAUCGAAUGGAUCAAUUGGAUGAGCCAACAGAUGUGAUUGUUGAUCAACAAAAUCAAUCGAUCAUCAUUGCUGAUAGUGAUAACAGACGAGUGAUUCAAUGGUUGAAUCAAAAUCAACAAAUUCUCAUUGACAAUAUUGACUGUUGGGGGUUGGCAAUGGAUAAAUAUGGAUUUCUUUAUGUUUCUGAUUUUUGGAAGAAUGAAGUAAGACGAUGGAGAAUGGGAGAAUACAACGAUGAAGGAAUUGUAGUGGCAGGUGGAAAUGGUCAAGGAAAUCAACUAAACCAACUCAAUAGUCCAGGUUGUAUCUUUGUUGAUGAGGAACAAUCUGUUUAUGUAUCAGAUGAAAACAAUCGUCGUGUGAUAAAAUGGAGAAAAGAUGCAAAAGAAGGAAGAGUUGUGGCUGGAGGAAGUGGAAGAGGAGGAAAUCUCAAUCAAUUAUCUUUACCUCAAGGAGUCAUUGUUAAUAGUUCGGGUCAAAUCUAUGUGGCAGAUGGUGUGAAUCAUCGAGUAAUGCGUUGGUGUGAAGGAAAAGAAGAAGGUGAAAUUGUUGUUGGUGGAAAUGGUGGAGGAAAUCAAUCAAAUCAAUUGCAUUUUCCCCGUGGUUUAUGUUUUGAUGAUGAAGAAAAUCUUUAUGUUGCUGAUUAUUGGAAUCAUCGAAUUCAAAAAUUUGAAAUAAUUUUGUGA